UUGGCCGCGGUGGCCGGGGGCAGGGCAAGCUCUGGGGCCUUCGCCGGCCGCCCCCGCCCCCCGGCGCGGCACUUUCAGUUUUGCCUCCCUCUUCGGCCCCGGCCGCGGAGGGCAUCCCGGGGGCCGGGUCCUCGCCCGCCACCAGCUCCCCCACCCCGAGCGCGGGCCACUCUCCGGCCGCCCCAGCCUAGGCCUGGCCAAGCCUGGCUUUGUCUGCGCCUUAGCGUGGAAAUCGGCCCCCACUGGGCCUUGGCGGGUGGGGAGGGGUCUCUCUCUGGGCGUGAGGGGCUCGAGAGGCUAGUCCAGCCCCAGAUGCGCUCCCCGAAAAUACGGACACAGCCGGAGCCUCCUAGACCUGUGUGGGUCUUGGCCGCCCCGAGCGCGAGUCUGCACCACGGGCCGCACGCUCAGGCCUGGGGUCUGGAGAGCUGCGCGGGCAGCGGUCUCUGUGCCCCGACCGCCAACGUGAGGACAGCCCAGGACGCCUGGAGACGCCCGUGCCCAAAGACGUGCCGCCGAGAUCCGCAGAGAUGCCACCCCUCGGGCCAGCGUGCGUGUCGGGGACCGUUUCUCACCAGGGCUUGCUGGGGAGCCCCGGCCCGACGCCCUUCCCGAACCUUCCUUCUAACUGCCUUAAAACAACGCCACAGCGAGCCUCUGCGGGAGCGCCGGGUGCCCGGCGCGCCCGCCUGCCUGGCCCUGCCCGGGGUGCUAGGCGCGGGUUGGGGCGCCUGCUGGCGGCCCCAGCCUCAGUGCUCCGCCUUGGCUGCGCGGGUCAGCAGAGGACGGAGGGCGCUCGGGGAGCUGCACGAGGCUGCCCCGGCCCGGCCUCCGCUGCGCUGGGCGCCCACGGGCAGCUCCGGGCAGGAGCUCGCAGAGUGGCUGGAGUGUGGGGCCCGGCCUCGGCGAGCGACAGCACCGACCCCGGCCCCGAGCCAUCUGGACUCCGAGCGCGAGCGCGUUUGAAGUGGUUUGGGGGCUCUUUGUUUGCCAGGCCGCGCUGGCUCUGGGCCUGGAGGUGGUUUACGGCUUUGAUGCCUUUGAACCUAUUCCCGGGUGACCCGGGCUCAAUUAGGCCCGGGCCUGAGCCGGCUCUCAGGCAAGCUGCGUGAUCAAGGGCGGGCUGGGCCCUUUUACUGGAGUUGAACCCGAGGCCGGAGAGCGCUCGGUCUCUGCUGCUCCUCCAGCCAGCCAGGCGUGCCGCGAGGUGGGGCCCGCGGGUCGCGACCACCGCCUUGGGAAACCCGAGGACGGCAGAGAGCCGGCCAUUCGCGCCCCUGUCCGCGGGCCCUGGCUCUGGCCGUUCUAGGUGCCGUUUUCCCAACAGUAUGUCAAGGAAGGCAGAACGCCUAGGAGCGGGCCCUCGCAGGCACGUGACUUUGUGCCUGCGCCCUGGACCCGCGGCCCCACAGUCCGAUGACUAAAGGUUCUGCAGAGCCACCGCACCCAGCCCCACCCGGCCUGACCGCCCUCCUUCCUCCGUGCUGGGAAGGCCCCUGGCUCCUCCAGCGCAGCAAAAUAGCUUUCCUGAUCCCUUUCUUUAUAAUUCUCAAAUACAAAUUUAAGGAACGAGAGAAAGAGAAGCCAGGCCCCCAGACAUCCUGCCCCUGCUGGGGCGCGGCCCUUCCUGGGGCUUCACUGAUGAAAAGGGCCUGUUUUUCCAGAACGGGCCUUUCCCUGGCUUCUUCGCUCAGUGACAGCAGCGAUCCGUUGCUCUUUUACCAACCCUGUGUGGGUCUAAGGACCCAGAUGGCCACAUCUCCCCCUUCCCAGGUGGGGAGGGCUUUUGCUACUAGUAGAGGAGCUGCCUGGUAGCCUGUUUCACCACCCCAGUCUCUCUGUCUUUCUGUCUCU